GAAACAAGCAGCCAAGCAACGGAAGGACGACGAUGAAGCUCACGGUCAAGACUCUGCAGGGCGUCGCCUUCCCCCUGGACGCGGAGCUCACGGACGCGGUGUCGGCCGUGAAGCAGAAGAUCGAGGGGCUGCAGAACUUCCCCGUAGCCCAGCAGAAGCUCAUCCACGCGGGCAAAGUGCUCAAGGACGACAGCACGCUAGCCGAGUACAAUGUCAAGGAGAACGACUUCCUCGUCGUGAUGGUCACCAAGCCCAAGGCGCCCAAGCCGUCAGCUGCUGCUGCCCCCGCUGCUGCUGCUGCUGCUCUGGCAUCUACGCCCGCUGCUGCUGCGGCGGCCCCCACGCCUGCCGCUGCUCCGGCUUCGGCCGCGCCUAGCACGUCGUCGGCCUCCAGCAGCUCUUCAGCCACCGCCGCGGCCGUGUCGACCCCGUCCGCUGCCCCGGCGACGACUGCUGCCAGCUCCUCGUCGGGAGACGGCAGCGGCCUCGUGGCCGGCGAGCAGAUGAGCGCUGCGGUGCAGCAGCUCGUGGACAUGGGCUUCCCCGAGGACCAGGUGCGCAGUGCCCUGCGUGCCGCCUUCAACAACCCGGAGCGCGCCGUGGAGUACUUGAUGAACGGCAUCCCCGAGCAGGCUGCGGCACCCGCGCAGACGGCUGCCCCGUCGGCGGGAGGAGCAGGUGCUGGCGCUGGUGGCGACGAGGCGGCCAACUCGCUCGAGGCGCUCCGCAACCACCCGCAGUUCGAUGCGCUGCGUCAGCUCGUGCAGUCCAACCCGGCGGCCUUGCCUGCAGUGCUUCAGCAAAUCGGCGCCCAGAGCCCAGAGCUGCUGCGCUUGAUCCACCAGAACCAGGACCGCUUCGUGCAGAUGCUGAACGAGCCGAUUGGUACUCGCGACGCUGGAGCAGCCCCGAGUGGAGCUGGCGGCGCGCCCUUUGACCUGGGCAUGGGCGGCGGCGGCGCCAUGCCGACCCCGCAGCAGAUCCAGCAGUUGGUGGACUCGCUCACACCGGAGCAGCAGGCUCAGAUGGCGGCACAAAUGGGAAUGACCCCCGAGCAGCUCCGUGGGCUCUCUCAGAUGCUCAGCAACCUGCCUCCCGGAGCUAUGGAGCAGAUGAUGGCAUCUAUGGGAGGACAGGGCGGCCUUGAUGGACUUGGCGGAGGAGCAGGCGCCGGUGCUGGCGGCCACCGGAUCAUGCUGACUGAGGAAGAGGCGGCGGCGGUUGACAGACUCUGCGAGAUGGGCUUCGAACGCACCGAUGUGAUUCAGGCAUACUUGGCAUGCGACAAGAACGAGGCGUUGGCGGCUAACUUCCUUAUGGAUAGCGGAGACUUUGGCGGCGCUGGUGGCGCAGGAGGCGACGACAACGAUGACAUUUACGGCUAA